AUGGCUCUCUUCAAAAAGCUGGAAAUCACAAUUCCCUUUUCUGAAGCACUUCAACAGAUGCCCUCAAAUGCUAGAUUCAUGAAAGAUCUGUUGACCAAAAAGAGAAAGUAUAUUGAGGAAGAAACAAUUGAGGUGCAAGGGAAUUGUAGUGUCAUCAUCCAAAAACUUCAACCACCUAAAUUCAAAGACCCUGGAAGUUUUACUAUUCCAUGUACAAUUGGAAAGCUCCCCACUGGAAAAGCGUUGAUAGACUUAGGUGCAAGCAUCAAUUUAAUGCCUUUGUCUAUGAUAAAGAAGAUAGGGGACAUGGAAGUAAAACCAACAAGGAUGACACUUCAACUAACAGACAGGUCUGUAAAGUACCCAUAUGGAGUUAUUGAAGAUGUUUUGGUGAAAGUUGACAAAUUCACUUUUCCAGUGGAUUUUGUUAUUCUUGACAUGGAGGAGGAUAUUGAAGUCCCCCUCAUAUUGGGUAGACCAUUUAUGAAAACUGCUAGGGUGAUAAUUGAUAUAGAUGACGAUCAUCUUAAGGUGAGGUUGCAUGAUGAGACAAUAACUUUCAAUGUUGUGGAAGCAAUGCAACAUCCCAGGGAUAUAGGAAAUUGUUUUAGAGUGGAAGUUUUGGAUGAUGUGGUUGAGAAGGUGAAGAACCAUAUGUAUGUGAAAUCCCCUUUAAAGCGUGUUUUGGUAGAUGCAUGUGAAGAGCUCAUUGUUGAUGAAGAAUAUGAAGUGGAGGAUUUCACAACAUUUGGAAAAAUUGAAAGAAGAGGAAUCCACUGA